AUGUCGAUUGGAUCUAGUGGCGUGAGGCAAAUAGCGACGCUAUUGCGCCCGUCGACUUUCGAUUCCGCAAUCUGCAGAAGCUGUCAAGAAACAAUUACACUAGGACGACGCAGCUAUGCAUCCGCUGCGUCUACAGUCGUUGGUUCUGAUGUCAAAAAUACAGAAAUUCCUCUCGCAUCGAGCUCCGAAGCCGUAACUGCCCCUUACACCCUCAAAGCCGGCAUCGUUCUCUCCCGGCCUCCGCAAAUCACCCGCGAUUUAACGCCCUUCGAGAAAGCAUUCUAUUUCUAUCAGAGACGAUUGAACGAGCGGUUAGCACUACCAUUUACUAGGUAUUUCUACUUCAAGCGUGGAACACCAGCGGACGAGGAUUGGAAGAGAAAGUACAAGGAACGACAGACGCCAUCGCGUGACAUUGGCAAGUACAAUGCUUAUUCGAAAGAUGCCUGGAACGACGAGUUACUCGUUGGUGCUAUGGAGUCGGAGCCAGAGCAUCAGAUUGAGAUGCUGUUGCGCGACGCGGAGGUAAUUACGACAGCCUCGUCAGAGGGUACCACAACCAAAAAGGUCGACAUUCAACGACCUGCGCCGCGGGUUACGGAAGCAGACAAAGCAAAUGAUCAGAAAAAUCUCAACCGCCUUCUUCAGAGAACAUUGUACCUUCUCGUUCAAACAAAAGACGGAUACUGGAAGUUUCCUAGCUCACCAAUUGGGCUUGAGGAAACCUUGCGCACGGCUGCCGAGCGCACCCUCGCCGAAACCGCAGGCAUCAAUAUGAACACCUGGUUUGUCGGGUUCCACCCCAUUGGUCACCACGCGUACACAUUUCGAGCGCCAAAACCUGACGAAAGCACCAAAGAAGUCGUCGCUGGCGAAAAGACAUUCUUCAUGAAGAGCCGCAUCAUGGCCGGCCAGGCGGAUUUGAGCAGCAACUCCCUAGAUAUCAAAGACUUUAAAUGGCUUACCAGGGAGGAGAUUGCGAAGUUUGUGCUGCCACAGUAUUACAGUAACGUGAAGAACAUGCUUGCGGAGCGGUGA